AUGGUCUCUGUUGGCUCGAUUUCUGCUAAACUUACGGAUCUUCAGAAGAAUAUAACGAAACUUUCCCUUGAACUAGAUGCUAUACGUAAAGAAAAGGAGUCCCAGAGAAGUGUUAUCAAGAAGCUUGACGCAGAAAUUAAAGACAAACAUAGAUUUGUUGACACUCUAGAGCAAAAAAGUGAACAACAUGGAGACGCCAUUAAGGCGAAUACUGAGCGUCAGAAUGAACUUCAGAAAUCUGCGGCUGAAUGCCAAAAAGCACACGAAUCCCUAGAAAAGCGUUUGGAAAGCCAUGAAGAAACUAUCAGGUCUCUAGAGGAUGAAGUUAGUGAAGCACAGAGUCAAGCGAGGUCUUCAGCUCAGAUCUACGAUGAGACUCUCAAACAGCUUCAAGAAAAAUUGGAAGUAGUAGAAAAGUAUGAGAAAAAAGAAGAAUCUCUCCUGAAAAACAUAAAAGAGUUGAAAGAUGAGAUAAGUUUGCACGGCAACAAACUUCGUCGUAUGGAUGCGCAAGAAAAUGAGUUGAUAGUUUUGUAGAUUGAGUCUAAAUGUAAUCGCGUGUUACAAUCAAAAGUGAAAUUCAGUCAUUUUGCCCCACCUCUAGACUUUAAAAUGCCAUGUUACUUAGUAGCUCGUCAUCGGUCUAUCUCGAAAUGGAGGUUCAGAGUAUAAUUCAUGACGUAUGUAAUCCGGGAAACUUGCCUCACAAUUGGUUUUGGAAGUGACAGUGCAAUCCCGUUUUGUAAAAUUUUGGAUUCCUUCAGAGUGCUGGUAUUCGAAAUAGUCUGAUGGUUAAAUGAAACAGUUACUCAAUUCCAAUCUAUUAAAUAAUCUUAGGGUAAGACGUAGUACUAAAUUAAAAAGAUUAUGGAUCUCCAUUAACUGAGUUGGCUAGUGCAUGGGACUCGUCUUGAGCCAUCCUCUUCCUUAAAAACCGCUGUUAGACGAGGUGGGAUUAGUUUGGUCAGUAGCUCAGUAGUGUCAGACAAGUCUGUCUGUCUGUCUGGAUUCAACAUAGAACUUGGCACCGAAGUGCAGCAGUUCGAGUUGCCACGUUCCAAAUAGCACACAGAGGUAGACAAGAAGAUGAGUGAAGAGAAUCAAUAGAGUUUGACAAGUAUAAGAGUGAAACAGAAUGGGUAAUGGUAGAAAGGAAUAUGAAAGAUUACAGAGACUGAAUACAUCUGCGCCAUUGACAACGAUUUUGAGCCAUGUCACCUAUUGUCUCCAGCCAUUGAUUCCUAGAGUCCCGAGGGCCCCAACCCGGGAGUCUGCAUCUCCCUACCUGACUCAGUUUAACUGUCAAGGAUUUCAUGGAUUGAUGCCAUGUUUUUGUUUGGCCACCACUGGCUCUUUUCCAACCUGAACCUAUAUCAGCUAACAAUGCCCGUCGGGGGAGGCGGUGGUUAGGCAUGCGCACCACGUGACCUAGCC